CCGGUAGAUGUUUACAUAUACGGCCUGUUUGACCAGCGCUGGUCUCCUCCUUUGGUUCAGCCGCUCACUUGUCGCCUCUGCAGAACAGGUUUGGCUCAGCAGCUGCUCCAUCUGUUUCAUCAUGAGUCCAAAAAAUGUCAUUUUCAAGAAGACUUGCAAGGACAAGUCGGUGGGAGUUUUUAUGGGGAAAAGAGAUUUUGUGGACCGUGUGGACUCUGUGGAUCCAGUUGAUGGAGUCAUUCUGAUUGAUCCAGAGGCUUUGGCGGGAAGAAAAGUGUUUGUCACCCUGUCUUGCACCUUUCGCUAUGGCAGAGAUGACAUGGACGUGAUGGGAAUCGCAUUCCGCAGGGAACUGUACCUGGCCACCCGGCAGGUUUACCCCCCACUGCAGGACCGAGACAAGGCGGUUCACACCAGAGUCCAGGCUAAACUCCUGCGGAAGCUGGGAAACAACGCCUACCCAUUCUUCUUUGAGUUUCCUGAUAAUCUGCCUUGCUCUGUGGCACUCCAACCAGGACCCCAUGAUGUUGGCAAGCAAUGUGCCGUGGAGUUUGAGAUAAAGGCCUUCAGCGCUGAGAGUCAGGACGCCAAAGUACGCAAACGGAGUACCGUUAAGCUGAUGCUCCGUAAGGUUCAGUACGCCCCAGAAGGUCAGGAGGUGGCGCCGAGUGUAGAAAUCACAAAGGACUUCGUCAUGUCAGACAAACCACUGCAUGUUCAGGCCACACUGGACAAAGAGCUAUAUUACCACGGAGAACCCAUCAAAGUUCACGUCAACGUCACAAACGACUCCAACAAAAACAUCAAGAACAUCAUCCUUUCAGUGGAUCAGGUCGCAAACGUGGUGCUGUACUCCAACGACAACUACUCCAAAUGUGUGGACAUCGAGGAGUCUGGGGAUUCAGUGUCAGCUGGAGCGAAGCUGCAGAAAGUUUACACUUUGCUCCCCCUGCUGGCCAACAACAGAGAGCGGCGAGGAAUCGCUCUGGACGGCAAACUGAAGCAUGAAGACACGAACCUGGCAUCGUCCAGCGUGGUCAAGGAGGGCGUGCUGAAGGAGGUGAUGGGCAUCAUGGUGUCCUACAAAGUCAUGGUGAAGCUCAUCGUUGGAGGGAUGAUGGGAUCCAGUGAGGUCGGCCUGGAAGUUCCCUUCAGGCUGAUGCAUCCCAAACCUGAUGCAGUGAGAGAGAGUGAGAUGGAGGAGGAGAUGGUGUUUGAGGAGUUCAAGCGCUCCUACCUGAAGGGGAUUGUUGGUGGUGAUGAUGAUGAGGAGGAAGGCAACGUGUCGGGAGGCGAUGACAUGACGCCAAGAGAGAAGUGAAGAAGAUUCAGUUGGAGGAACAGAAGCAGCUUGAAAUUGUGUUAGAAAUAAAAAGUAAUUCUUAAACUCUUAAAGGUUUGUCCCUGCGUGGAUGCAUGACUCACCCACAGUCUGCUGUUAAAAAUAACAUGGACGUGAAUGUUUCCUCUUGAAUCACCGGCUGUUCACUUCUACUUUCAGGGGUUUCCAGGUCUUAAAAGGAUUUUUUUAUUAUUGCUUUUAUAUUAUGCAUAAUAUACAUUUUUAUAUAUAUCAUAUUAUUAUACUAUUAUUUAUUUUUAAUAUAUUACAAUUAUUUGAAAUUAUUGAAAGACCAACUAAUCAGGUCAUAAAUUGUUCUUGGAUUCUCUGCAUCAAUAAUGUAGUGCUUUUGUAUUUGCAGACUUACAGUCCAGACUGUUAAGAUUGAAAGUUGUAUUGAAUUUUAUUUUCUACAACCAAACACUGAUUGUUUUUUUGUUUCAUUUAGGCUAAAAUUGUUACCUUUAAUCUGAAAACUGACCAGCAGAACUCAUCUUUAGCAGCAUUUUCAAUGUUGACAUUUUACUUAUAUUUGAAAAUGUUUUUUUUUUCCUGUUUUUGAACAUUUGGGAAAUAAAUCCAGGCUGACACA